AUGCGAGGCCGCCUGUGGAGGUGCAUCAGAGUCCUGACAUCCCUAGUCAUCCUGGGGUUCUUUCUUCAUGAGAAUAUAGCAGCACGUGAGGAGCAGCAAUAUAACACAUUGCUGAGUGAAAAGAAGAAAAUGAUACAGCAGAUAGCUCAAGAGGAAAUCAGCUCUGAAAUCACGAACCAUUUGAAAUACUUCACAGAGAUGCAGAAAAGCGCCCAUGUUCUCCAGCAUGCCACUUACACAGUUCUGGUGGGAGCCGCUCUCCAGGCAAAGAGGCUGCUGACAGUGGGGAUCUCAGUGCAGCAUAAAAACAGGACGUACCUCUUGGACACCAUUACAUCCUUAUUCCAAGCUUCUUCAGAACAGGACCUGGAGUAUAUGCUGAUAUUGGUCCUCCUGUCAGAUACUGACCCCAAAUGGCUCAACCAAACAGUUGCUAACAUUUCAGGUCUUUUCAUGCCUCACAUUGAAUCUGGGAGGUUGCUGGUGGUCCAUGGUCUGCUGGGUGGCUCCAGAGCAAAGAGCAGAAAUCAUACCUCCCCCUGUGGAAAACUAUAUUCUAGGCAGAAAACAAGUUUUGCCCUUCUUAUGAAUUUUGCCCUCAACCUCUCUGAAUACUUCCUGUUGCUAGGGGAUAAUGUACAGAGCACCCCCAGGUUUCUAUCUGACAUCUUCUGGGUCUUGGAAGCCUGGAACCAGCUCCCUUGGGUGAUCCUAGACUUCUCCAGCAUGGCAAUCUCUGGGAAGGUUUUCCAUACUGAGGACCUCUCCCGCCUCGUCUCCUUCCUGCUCCUCUUCCCCAAGGACAUUUCCACUCACUUGCUUCUCUCUGAGUUCAGGCUUCUCUUAUCUCAAAAUGUCCCUAUCCGCCUCAAUCCCUCCAUCUUCUACCGAAUGACAAGUGACUCUGAGUUUGAAGACACAUGCUUUCCUGUGGAGCAAGACAAAGACUUGGGCGAACCAGACAACCCCACUGCUACUGUCUUUACGGACAUGCUCUCACUUUGGAAUACGCAUGCACCGUAUGCCUACAUUCUCAAUGGUGACAGCUUCUGGGUCUUGGACGCUCUAAAACACAACUACUUGCUGGUGGUUCUAGAUAAGCCACAAAAAGUCAUCAAGGUAGCAGUGGAGACAGGCUCUAAUGAGAAUAAGUUGAACUUAUUAAAAUAUGGGCAACUCUUGCUGGGCUACAGCCCCAUGGAUUACCCCAAACGCUGUGCUCAUUAUAACUUGGUAGGACCAUUGGUGAGAGGUCAGUUGGAUCAGAUGGUAUUCUAUGAAGAAGAUUCUGUGAAGGAGAUUAGUUGUAUAAAGUUGCUGGUGACAGCAUCUCAUGACUACCCCAUCAAGAUCACGCAGAUCAAAGUCUGGACUGAAGUGGAGGAAGAAGAGUAUUAG